AUGUUGAAAAUUUUAAAUACCUUUCCAAAAAAAGGAAAAUUUCAACAUACAUAUAUCUUAACACCAAAAUUAAAUAAAUCUAAAGCUCCUGAACUUAAAACAUUUAAACCAACCUUACAAGAUGGCAAAUAUGAGGUAACAGCUAGCCAAAAAGUACCUGAACAUAUAAAAUGCCCAAGUUAUGCUAAAACUGGAAUAGUACAAAAUUCGAAUAUUCAUUAUGAAAUUAAGGAUGACAAGUAUAUAGAAAAGAUGAAAAAGGCUUGUACCUUAGCUUCUGAAUGUUUAAAGUUAUGUUUAGAAAACUCAAAAGAAGGUAUAACAACAGAUAUAAUUGAUAAUAUGGCAUAUGAUUUUUAUAUAAAAAAUAAUGCAUAUCCUGCGGGGCUAAAUUUUCAUGGAUUUCCAAAAACUGUAUGUGCGUCUCCAAACGAAGUUGUAUGUCAUGGUAUUCCCAAUUUAAGAAAACUACAAAGUGGAGAUAUUAUAACUUACGAUUGUACCGUUUUUUUGGAUGGUGUUUUUGGUGAUUGUGCAGGUACAGUAGGUAUAGGAGAUAUAUCAGAAAGACAUAAAAAAUUGAUCGAUGUGAGUAAAGAAUGCUUAUAUAAGGCAAUAUCUAUAUGUAAAGAUGGUCAAAGAUUUUCUGAAAUAGGAAGAGUUAUAACCGAACAUGCAAAUAAAAAUGGAUUUAAUGUAAUAAAAGAUUUUUGUGGUCAUUUCAUAGGAACACACAUGCAUAUGUAUCCACUUAUUGAACAUCAUUAUCCUAAUAGUCAUAAUAAUCAACGUAUGAAAAAAGGACAAAUUUUUACUAUCGAACCAAUAUUAUCAGAAGGAUCUAUUAAUAUUCAUACAUGGAAAGACCAAUGGACUGUGUGCACAAAUGAUAACUCUUUUUGUUCUCAGUGGGAACACACAAUUUUAAUUUUAGAAAAAUAUGCAGAAAUAUUAACAUAG